AUGCCUCCCAAGAAAUCUGGCAGGGCUGAAUAUCUUGUAGAUAGCAUUGGACUUCCCAACUAUAGCAACUCCAUCCAUAUGUAUCCAGUUGCAUCAGCAGACCACCAAGAUGUCCACAGGGAGUCAAACCCACCAACUGAGCAGCAACAAUUAGGAUUCAGGAGUGGCUGUUUUGUGUUCCAAGACAUGAUUGACCUGAGAGGUCAUAGGGGCGUGAAAGAUGAGGAAUUGGCUUCGAACAAUGAAAGGCUUCACGGAGUAGCUGGGAUCAUACUUGACCAUUGGGCAAUUGGAUACAUAUAUACAAUAUGCAAGGUGGAGAAUUGGGACAACGGGCUAUUGCGCCUUGGGCAGUUAGAUACCUUCAACUGCCAAACUAUCAAGUUGCUCGAGAUUUAA